AUGUUUUUACACGAAAGUCCUAUCUUAUCAAUCACCAGAGGGUCACACUGGAGAGUAGCCAUUUUAAUGCUCUCAAUGUGA